AUGCCACGCACAGAUGAAGCAGAACACUGGUUCAACGCCGUCUACGAAGCCGUCCAAGAAAUCCCCCUCGGCUCAGUAACCACCUACGGCCACAUAGCGCGUCUAUUAGGAUAUCCCCGACGAGCGCGCCAAGUAGGUAUCUGCCUCAAACACCUCCCGUCAAACCGCACCAAUCGCUCCUCUGCGGUCAAUGGUGCUGGCGACGACAAUGAAAACUCAGCCCAAGAAGACGAGAACGACGAGCAAGGCGAGAUAUAUCACCAUUUCCACGAUGAUAACGUGCCCUGGCAGAGGGUCGUGAAUUCUAGGGGGACGAUUUCUCACCGUGGCCCCGGAAGCGCAUCUAGACAGGCCGUUGCGUUAAGACAUGAGGGUGUCGCGGUGGAGCAGGAUGCCAUGGGAGAUUUUUAUGUUGAUAUGACACGGUAUGGAUGGUUUCCGGCGCGAUUGCCGAGUGAGGAGGGGGAGAGUGAGAGUGAGAGUGAUUCCGAUGAUCAAGAGGAAGGUGUAUAA